CCACCAUAUUCCAUAAAAAUUUAAAAUUGUGACAAAAUUCUGCAAGUACAAAAUGUCGCUCACAUUGGUCACCGUAAUGCUAUACGCCAGCCCUACUUUUGGACCUAAUUUACCUGCAUUAACUAUCGGAGGAUUAAAUGACACGGAAAUGCUUGACUUGAAAACGAUCACGUCACUCUAUCCGGAAAAUAGCGAAAUAGAAAUGUAUGGAACAUGGUCGGUUAAUUUCCGAUUGGGUAACGUUACUAGCGGAACAAACAGUUGGAUGGCACUACCUCCUGUUCAUACAGUGGCACCAUUUAUUUCUCGAAUCAAAACUUGGGGCUACAAAAUAACAUUUUACAAUUGUUAUACUCACAACAUACAAUUUGAUCCAUUAGGAAAUACUGUGUGGCCGAUACUGUCCUACACAUGGAUGCUCGAAAAAGACUCCGAAUUAGCUGAGCCUCCCCGUGAAAACUAAGCAACAUCUACUCCUAACUAUGAAACUAAUGGGAGUUCGGCUCCUACGAAAAAAUAUGUAUAAUUGAAAGAACGUAAUAAUUAUUAGAAUUUUGGUAUGUUUGACGCCAGAAGUAA